UCCCCGCGGAGGCGAGCGAAGGACUGGUUCAGGAGGUCGGAACGAGCCGUUUCGCGUCUCCUGCUCACGCAGCGGUUGUGGCUCGGCAUCUCCGCGGGCUUACCUCGUCGCUCUGCAGUGUUGCAGCCACCGCGGGACCAUGGCUGCACUCAUUCUGCUCGUGUCCCUGCUGAUGGCAGGUGUCCUAGGCAAUGAAUUCAGUAUCUUAAAAUCUCCAGCGUCUGUGGUCUUCCGAAAUGGCAACUGGCCCAUCUCAGGAGAGCGAAUCCCAGAUGUGGCUGCACUGUCCAUGGGCUUCUCUGUGAAAGAAGACCUCUCCUGGCCAGGACUCGCAGUGGGUGACCUAUUCCACCGGCCCCGGGCCACUAUUAUGGUGCUGGUGAAGGGAGUCGACAAACUGGCUCUGCCUCCGGAAGAUGUCAUUUCAUACCCAUUGGAGAAUGCCGUUCCUUUUAGUCUUGACAACGUUGCCAAUUCCAUUCACUCCUUGUUUUCUGAAGAAACUCCAGUCGUUUUGCAGUUGGCUCCCAGUGAGGAAAGAGUAUAUAUGGUGGGGAAGGCAAACUCCGUGUUUGAAGACCUGUCAGUCACCUUGCGACAGCUCCGUAAUCGCCUGUUUCAAGAAAACUCCAUUCUCAAUUCCCUUCCCCUCAACUCUCUGAGUAGGAACAAUGAAGUUGACCUACUCUUUCUCUCUGAACUGCAAGUAUUACAUGACAUUUCAAGUUUGUUGUCUCGACAUAAGCAUCUAGCCAAGGACCAUUCUCCAGAUCUGUAUUCGCUGGAGCUGGCAGGUUUGGAUGAAAUUGGGAAACGUUAUGGACAAGACUCUGAGCAAUUUCAAGAUGCUUCUAAGAUCCUUGUGAAUGCCCUGCAAAAGUUUGCAGAUGACAUGUACAAUCUGUAUGGUGGGAAUGCUGUGGUGGAAUUAGUGACUAUCAAAUCAUUUGACUCAUCCGCCGGGAGGAAGGCAAGGACCAUCCUUGAGAUAAAACAAGAUAAUCCAAGUUCCUACAACCUUGCAUAUAACUAUAAUUUUCAGUAUCCAGUGAUUUUCAACAUGAUACUUUGGAUCAUGAUCGCCUUGGCCUUCUCUGUGAUCAUCACUGCUUACAAUAUUUGGAACAUGGAUCCCGGAUAUGAUAGCAUCAUUUAUAGGAUGACAAACCAGAAGAUUCGAAUGGAUUGAACUUGUCAGGCUUAGGAAAGGAGUUUAGGAAUUGCUUGUUUUAUUAAAAUGUAUCUUUUAGUGUGGUUUGAAGUAGAUACAAUACUUUAAAUUUGUUUAAAAAAAUGUUCUCUAUUUUGUCUGUGCCUGUGAUAUUUUUUCAGAGUGAAGUGUAGUAUUGAUAUCAAGUGAACUCCGUGACAGAUUCCAUAAUAAGCUCGACUGUUAUGACAUGCCCAUGUAAUAUAAUCUCAUUCCAUUUAAUAAAGUUGGAAAUAUGCACUGAAUGAAGAUGUAAAA